UUCUCUCUUUCUCUGCAGUGUGAGGAGGCGUGAGAAUCCCAUGUUGCACUAGUGUCGGUGUGAAAUGCUGGCCUGUCUGCCAGGGCCAGGUGACCUCUCCCUCCAGCUUCUCUCCCACACGCAGAUGAACACUGGACUUCAGAAAUGGGACACUACACAGAGGAUGAGAUCCGCUCCGUAUCCAACCCCUGCGGAAUUGGAUGCUUAUGCUAAGAAGGUUGCCAACAACCCCCUGACCAUCAAGAUCUUCCCCAACAGCGUCAAGGUCCCCCAGAGGAACCACGUGCGCCGCACGGUCAACGGACUGGACACUUCAGGGCCACGCUACAGCCCCUACCCGCCUUCUCAGGCCAGCGCCAAGGCCGGCCUCCUCGCUAUUGUCAAGGUACCUGUAGUCAAGGGCAUCGUCAAGGACUUCGACGGCAGCCGGGCUCGCCUGCACCCGGAGGUGAUCAUGAACGCCGCCCCUCGAGGGCCGUAUGCAGCCGCCACAGCCUCGGCCAGCACUUUAAACCUGCACCACCCGGCCCCAGGGCUGCAGAGGGCUCCGCAUCAGCAGCAGCAGCAGCAGCCUCAGCAGCCAGGGCUGCCCCACACACAGACUCUUCAGCCUCACCCCCAGCAAGGCCCCGCGCCACACCCAGCCCUCAGGCACCCUCCCGCCAUGCCUCAGCACGCCCAGGGCCUGCCCCAGCCACAGACUCUGUCCCACCCCAACGUCCUGGGUCACCCAGGCCAGGGGCCGCCUGCUGCUCUGCCCCAGCAUCAGCCCCCACAGCACCUUCAUCAGCCCCCACCUGGCCUGCAGUCGGGCGGCAGGAAAAUGCCCGACACCGACGUCCCCCCAAAUGUGACUGUCUCUACCUCAACCAUUCCGCUCUCCAUGGCAGGCGGGCUGCACCAGGGCCGGCAGCCCGACCUGAGCAGCAUCGUGCACCAGAUCAGCCAGUUCUGCCAGGCCAGGGCGCAGGGGGCCGGGGCCACUUCCAUGUGCGAGGGCCAGAUCGCCAACCCGAGCCCCAUCAGCCGCAACCUGCUCAUCAACGCCAGCUCCAGAGUCUCCAUGCUCAACAACAACAGCAACCACCCGGUGGCCCCCCCCGGCCUCAUGCACCCUACCUGCCUCAUCACGCCCAUGGACAAAGUCCCCGUCGGGGCAGUGCCCGCUCAGAACAUGGCAGCCAUCAACCGGAUGUCUGUGUACCACAAUGACAUGAAGCCACACCAACAGCACCUCCAGCAGCAGCAGCAACAAAGCCAAUCACAUCAGCAGCAGCAGCAGCAGCAACAGCAGCAGCAACAGCAGCAGCAACAGCAACAGCAACAACAGCAGCAGCAGCAGCACCUUCAACAGCAGCACCUUCAGCAGCAGCAUAACCAUCAGCAGCAGCUGAGGUCAUGGAAUCAACACCAACUCGCCCAUCUACAGCACAUGCCAGAGGGUGGAGGUCACCCCUGCAAGCACCCACCUCGGGACCCUGGCUUCCCCUGCAAGGGGUGCUACCACUCAGAGAUGUGCGGGGCACAGACCUACUCCUAUAAGCCCCUGGUGGAAAAGCCUACCCCCUCGCCCCCCGUUGUCAACAACAACGGCAUGCCACCAGGGGCCAUGGGGCAACAUUACACCAACGGGCACUACUUUCAACACCAGCAGCAGCAGCAGCAGCAGCAGCAGCAGCAGCAGGUGUGGAACAGCAUCCUCCCUACGCCCAACAGUGACAGCUCCGGGUCACAGGACAUGACUCUGCAGUUCCACGGGGUGUCGGGUGCCGCCAACGCUGCUGCUGCUGCCGCUGCCGCUGCCGCCGCCACAGCCAUAGACUGCGGGGGGGCACAUGCACAUUACAGGCCGGGGGUGGGCUCCUCCGCCUCCGGACAGACUAAUCUGAUGCAAACGGCGGAUUACUUGGGCGGGGACUUCCAGACGCCCUGCUUCCGAGAUCAGAAUCUAGGGCUGAUGGGAAAGAUGCACAGGCCUGCCAUGAGCAGGCCAGUCCCAGAGGCCCACGGCCAGCACCCAGGGUACAGAUAAGCUAGAGCCACGUCUCCUCUGCAGUUAGCCAACACAUACACCUUCUGUUAGUCU